CGCCAACAGAGACGGCAGCGUCAGUUUCUUCCGUUGCGCCUGGAAGACGUCCGGUACCGGAGCGUGACAUUUUACGCGCACAAACGUCCGCGUCCGGGUGUUGUUUCCGUUUUCCCUCACGGAAUGUUCGAUGCACGUGUGCCCGUUUGAUGUAUACGCGAAACCUCGCCGGCGGAUGAAAUCGUCGAUCGAGGAGUCGCUGACGUUCGACGGAUAAUUACGCAAAGGCACGGAGAACCGAUUGAACGGUGCAGCCAUUAGUUAAAAUGAGCAAGUCAACUCGGAAGAGACGCUCUUAACAUUAACCGGAAAACGCCGUAUCUAGGCUGACUUUGCCGGAAGUCGGUGGAACAUCGCGGAGAUGACGAAGAAGUUCGAGUUCAACUGGCAGAUCGACGUGCCGGAAGCACUCCGUACCGGCUGCGUCUUCGAUCGUUGGACGGAGGAGAAAGAUAAUACUGAAAUCGAGCUGAAUUGCCUGUUUAAAGUUGACGAAUAUGCUUUCUUUAUUUAUUGGCAGAGUGAGGGGAAGGACGGCGAUGUUAUAGAAUUGUGUCAAGUGAGCGACAUUAGAGCCGGUGGCGUUCCAAAGGACCCAAAGCUAUAUGAUAAGCUACUGAGUAAGCACGGUGAACAGUUGGACGAAAAAAGCCUAACCAUCUGUUCUGGUGCUGAUUACACCAACAUUAAUUAUCAACAUGUUGUAUGUCCGGAUCUUGCCACAGCCAAGGUAUGGUUGGAUGGCGUUCGAUCGAUUACGCACAACGUCAAAGCGAAUAACGUUUGUCCGCUUACUUGUCUGAAGAAACAUUGGAUGCGACUGAGAAUGUUGGUGGAUCCUAAUGGAAAAGUUCCAGUGAAGGUAGUCGCGAGAACAUUCGCGUCUGGCAAGACAGAAAAACUCGUUUAUCAGUGUCUUUCUGAAUUAGGCCUACCUAGCGGAAAAAAUGACGUAAUAGAACCUGAUGACUUUACUUUCGACGCAUUUUACGCGCUUUAUCACAAAAUAUGCCCGAGAAACGACAUAGAAGAAUUAUUUCAAUCAAUAACACAGGGUAAAGCUGAUACGAUUAAUCUGGAGCAACUGAUUACCUUUCUCAACGAAAAGCAAAGAGAUCCGACCCUGAACGAAAUUCUCUAUCCACUUUAUGACGAAAAACGAGCACUGGAAAUUAUCAAUGAUUACGAACAGAACGAAGUUGCUCGUAAUGAAAAAACAAUGACGAAGGAUGGCUUCAUAAGGUACCUGAUGUCCGAUGAGAACGCUCCGGUUUUCCUCGAUAGGCUUGACGUUUAUAUGGAUAUGGAUCAAUCAUUGGCGCAUUAUUAUAUCAAUUCGAGUCACAAUACAUACUUAAGCGGACGACAAUUUGGCGGAAGAAGCAGCGUCGAAAUGUAUAGACAAGUUCUACUUGCCGGAUGCAGAUGCGUUGAAUUGGAUUGUUGGGACGGCAAAGGGGAAGACGAAGAGCCGAUAAUUACUCACGGCAAAGCUAUGUGCACCGACAUUCUAUUCAAAGACGUUAUAUACGCGGUCAGAGACACGGCCUUUGUUACGUCGGAAUACCCAGUGAUUCUCAGUUUUGAAAAUCAUUGUAGCAAAAAGCAACAAUACAAAUUGGCCAAAUAUUGUGAUGAAAUUCUGGGUGAUUUAUUAUUGAGGGAACCUUUAAAAGAAUAUCCUCUGGAGCCAGGAGUACCGUUGCCGCCGCCCAGCAUGCUGAAACGUAAGAUUCUCAUUAAGAAUAAGCGCUUAAAGCCCGAGGUCGAGAAGCAGGAAUUGGAACUCUUCAAACAAGGUCAAUUUGUGAUCGAGGACGAGGUCAAGGAAGAUGCCAGUGCGCCGCUGACCAUUGCCGCCGUCGUGGAACAGCAACCGGUAAAGGAAGAAAUUUCUGAAUCUGUAACAUCGUCAAGCAUUCAACAGCAGCAAUCUGGCAGUGGUCCAACCGGUCUUGGCGAUAGUAUAGAGCUGGUGGCAGCUCAACCUUAUACCGGAAGUACAACAAAUGUACAUCCAUGGCUAUCCUCCAUGGUUAACUAUGCACAACCCAUAAAGUUCGCUGGCUUCGAUGUUGCCGAACAAAAAAAUAUUCAUCACAAUAUGUCUUCCUUUGCGGAAACGGCUGGUUUGAAUUAUUUGAAAACAUCGGCUAUUGAGUUCGUAAAUUAUAACAAACGGCAGAUGAGUCGAAUUUAUCCGAAAGGCACACGAGCUGACUCUUCCAAUUAUAUGCCACAGGUCUUCUGGAACGCUGGCUGCCAAAUGGUGUCGCUGAACUUUCAAACUCCGGAUCUGCCCAUGCAACUGAAUCAAGGCAAGUUCGAGUACAACGGUUCUUCGGGAUAUUUGUUGAAGCCGGAUUUCAUGAGACGAGCCGACAGGAGUUUCGAUCCUUUCGCUGAGAGUCCUGUGGAUGGAGUGAUUGCCACACAGUGUAGUGUUCAAGUAAUAGCAGGCCAGUUCUUAUCCGACAAGAAAGUCGGAACGUACGUGGAGGUCGAAAUGUACGGCCUACCAACCGACACGAUACGUAAAGAAUUUCGCACCAGAGUAGUCCCCGCUAAUGGUCUGAACCCCGUUUAUAACGAAGAGCCCUUUCUCUUCAGAAAAGUUGUCCUACCAGAUUUAGCUGCUUUGAGAUUCGCAGUAUACGAUGAAUCGAACGGCAAGCUGUUAGGACAAAGAAUCGUUCCUUUAGACGGUUUACAAGCCGGUUAUCGGCACAUUGCUUUGCGAACUGAAGCCAAUUUUCCCAUGUCUCUGCCUAUGUUGUUUUGCAACAUUGACAUCAAAAUCUAUGUGCCAGAUGGUUUUGAAGAAUUUAUGGACGCUUUAACAGCGCCACGAGCAUUUAGAAAGACAGAAAGUAUGUCGCAAAAUAAAAUACGAGGCUUGGGAAUUGAAGAGAGCGACAGCAAAAACAAUAUGGACAGCAAAAACAACGUACAUUACGAAGCAACUAAACCAAGAGAGGAAAUGAAGUUUGAUCCAAUUACUCUGGAGACUUUAAGACAAGAAAAGGGUUAUCAAAAAGUAUUACGGAAACAGCAAAAAGAAUUAGAGUCUUUGAGAAAGAGGCAUCACAAGGAGAAGUUGACUGUCCAGAAGCAACAUUGCGUUGCUAUAGAGAAGAUUUUUAAGGGAAAAAACAAAGCGGAGCUUUCAAGAGAUCCUAUCGUUCGUCGCGCUGUUUCCGAACAGACGGCGCAGUGGUCGCGUUUCGCUGACAGGCAGCGCCGAGAAGAACGCGAUCUGGUGCGCGGUCAUCUGGAGGAGCGACGAACGCAGUUAUGCAAAUUGUGCAUGGCCGCGCAGCUCACGCAACAGAAACAGCUGACUGCACGGCAUGAUCGGGAGAUGAAAGAUAUAACUGCGCGACAAGCGAGACUUUCGGUAGAAAGUGCGAGAGAGGUUAUGAAUGAUAAGACUUUGAAGACGCGAGGGAUCAAAGAGGGCAGACUCAGGGAGAAACAGCAGAACAAUACGAAAAAAUUCAUGGAGGAGCGUAAGAUCGCGCAGAUGAUUCAAAACAGGGAGAAAGAGAAGCUUAAAGUGAUUCACGAGAAACAACUGGAGGAAUUGCAGAAGGAUAUGAACGCGAUCAUGGAUAUGUACAAGAAUGAGGACAUGGACUACGAGCUGGCUAAGAUGCUGGCUGAAUUCUACGUGUGAUGAGUGCCAAUCGAGUUUCUUCGCAAUUCACCUCCAGCGAUAGUGCGCUAUAAGUGAGGACUGUUUACUAUUAUCGUUAAUUAUACUUGAAAUUGGGAUCAAACUUUGUUAGCUAUCACUAUCGUAUCUAGCGAUGAAUGUCGCACAUUGAGAAAUCAGAUGUAAACGAGCAACUACAGUUUUUAAUUCAUUCAGGCAAGUAUUUUUUUAUAAACAAACAUCUCGUGUCUCCAUAAUCUUUGAGUACCUAUGAACUAAUGAGGGAGUCAAUAAAACUAAAGUGAUCUAGUCAAGUAUUAGGUAUAUAAAAAGAAUAUAUCACAUGAUCGGGAUACUGAUCAAAUGGUGUGAUCUACUACGUCGAAGUAAAUAUUUUUUGAUUGUUAACGCUAUUAUCGAAGUCUAUCAGAGUGAAACAUGUGUAUGAGUGUAUGCGUGCAUGAGAUUGUAUUCAUGAGUCGAUGCCUAAUACCGAGAGGGACUCUUGCUGUUGCCGUGACGAAUUUCUAGACCAUACAUACCUUAAAUUGAGAGACGCUUUCACGGAUCUUAGCCAAUAGUUUUCGUGAUUGCUGAUAAUGACUAGAGUAUUAAUACAAUAGAAUCUCGAGAGAUCGUGUAAUUUUCAGCCAAUGCUCUUACACGAAUAGUCACACAGGUUUGUAAAUAAAUUUCAAACGGGAGCCUAGUAUAAUUAUUAUCACACAUUGUUGUUUUCAUUAUAUAAUAUAAUGUUAUUUACAUAAAUUAUUAUAUCAUUCUACAUAUAUAUCUAUAUAUUAGAUAUAAAGAAUAAAAUAAAAAAAAUAUUACAAAUAACGUUCGCGAUCAUUUCAUUUUGGCUGCAUUAUGGGCGAUUGCGAGAGCACGUGCUUGUAAACCGAUAAAAACUAUGAAGUAGUAAAAAUUAUAUUACAACAACAUAUAUUAUAUGUUUUGUUGUGUAAGAUAUAUAUAUAUAUAUAUAUAUAUAUAUAUAUACACACAUACACGAAAAGUAUAUAAUUUAUUUUAUUUCAUCGUUAUAAACAAUAGAGUAAACCACUUAAAUAUUUGAGGUAUUUUAUUGUUUAGAAUUAAAUCUCAAAUUGAUAUCUAAUUAAUCACUUCGAAAAAAUAAUAUUUUAAUAUUAAUUCUUUAAAUACAUAUUUUCUUAAUUAUUUUCGUAGAAGGAGAGAUCAUAAUCGUGUGUCUCGUCGUCAUGAUUAAAAUAAUGUUCGAAUACAUCUGACUUAAUGUCGGCAAUAGUAAAUUCUUCGUAUGGGGCUGAAACAAAUAACAUAAUGAAUUCUUUAUAUUUGUCAAACAACAAAAAGAACAUAUCAUAUAUUUCACUAAUUCUUUUAAAAUAACAUUAAAUAAUAUUUCUUUAAGUAUGCUAUUUCUAAGCUGUACCGAAUAAUAUUAAUAUUUCUAAUUCAAAUCGUUAAUGUUAUAUAUUUUUGUUCUUGAUUAAUUUUUAAUAUAAUCUUAACUGAGACGAUACAUAUUAUAGUAAUUUCUGUAUGUUGUAAAUUGACAUUUUAAUUAAUAUUUUUAUAUUCAAGGAUUGGAUACAAUUUACUAUGUAUGAAUUUACAUUUUGAUUUACCUAAAUGGGAUAUAUUGAUGUCAUCUAUAUCAUCGUGAGACUCCGCAAUUUCAAUAAUUGGCUGGUAAUCAGCAUGGUAUGCAUCGUGCCCUAAAUUCACAAUCUCUGCUUGAUCUCUAUAGUUUGCAGGUACUAUUAUAUUAUCAUGAUUAUCAAUCUGCACAUUUUGAUAACUCGUAGCUCCAUGACCAUGAUAAACUGCCUGAAGAUUUGUGUAAUCUA